AUGAAGAUGCGCGUCGCCGUCGUCGGCAGCAGCAGCAGAGAGGACAAACUCAAUCGAAAUUUUAUUUACGUAAAAAAGAACGCGCGCAUCUUGCCGCGUUACAGCCUCCAGUUGGAUUAUUCAAUAGAUUUCUUCAAAACGUAUAUCGAUACGCAGCGUUUUUACGCCGGCCACAAAUUGGAUUUCAAACAUCAAAGUUGUGCCGGCGGCCCUGGUACCGGUGUAGGCGGCGUCGGAUUGCCAGCUGGAUUGGUAGGAGUCGUCGGCAACAGCAGUACAAACGGUCAGCAGCAACAGCAGCAGCAGCAACAACAGCAACAGCAGCAGCAAGCGUUGCCCUCCAACGGGAGCAAUAGCAGCCACGCCCACAGUCACGCACACGCCCUAGCAGCAGCACACGCACAUCACCAGCAACAGCAACAGCAGCAUCAGCAACAACAACAACAGCAGCAGCAACAACAGCAACAACAGCAGCAACAGCAACAGUUGCCGGCGGGAGCUGCGCCACUGCAGCAGCAACAAUUGCAGGUAGCUCAACAGCAGCAGCAACAACAACAGCAACAGCAGCAACAACAACAGCUAGAUCAGCUGCACGGCACGCCCACACUCCUAAUAGGCAACGGGCCAGGCUCGACGGGCCACUCGACGAGCCACUCGACGGUCUCAUCGACAGCGGCCGCCGCUGCCGCCGCUGCUGCUGCCGCCGCUGCAGCAUCCGCCGCUGCCGCAUCCGCUGCGGCCUCCGUUGUUGCCUCCUCGUCAUCGACCUCGGUGGCGGCGGUGCCGCACAGCUUGGGCCUGAGUCCGCAAUCGAGCGCCGAUUCGCAGCAGUUCAACAUCUUUCCAGCCAUAUUUAGCAGGCAGCUCAACUUCUCGGCGGCUGGAGCGUGCGGUCAGGCGGGCAAGCUCAGCAUGGACGAGCUGCGACCCAAUUUGGUGGGCGGUUUGCUUGGCUUGCAGCAGGGUCUGCUCGAGGAUCAUGCGAGCAUGCAGCACGCUGCGGCGGGCGUUGGCGUUGCCCAGGACACCAAGUUCAUGUCCUUCCAGGACAAUCGCCUGAUGGGCAUCGGCGGUGCGCACGAGAAUCGCCUGCUCAGCCUGGCCAGCUCGGUGCAGGACACCCGCUCCCCAAUCACCACGCUCGACAAGUCCUCCUCGUCCUCGCUCAACCACCAGCGCAAGUGCAGCAGCACGCCCGAGGACUUCAGUGCUCUCUAUUCGGGCUUGCCGACGCCUGGCAUGGACUCCUCCUCGCACCACCACACGCCGGCCCACACGCCGCCCUCUCGACUCUCCGAUCACACCAUAUCAGCAGAGGGCGCUUUCAAGAAACUCAAACCGGAACCAAAUAGCGGAAUGUCAACGGUUUCCGCUGGCAUCACAUCGCCCGGAAGUGGAAUCUCAUCAUUGAGCCAACAUGCCGGUCAUACCCCAACCACAGCAUCCUGCCCAACGCCAGCCAGACGAAGACAUCGCACCACAUUCACACAGGAACAAUUAGCUGAACUGGAAGCGGCAUUCGCCAAAUCGCAUUAUCCGGAUAUUUACUGUCGCGAGGAGCUGGCGCGAACGACAAAGCUGAACGAAGCGCGAAUUCAAGUUUGGUUUCAGAAUCGACGCGCCAAGUACCGCAAGCAGGAGAAGCAGCUGCAAAAGGCAUUGGCACCAUCUGUGAUCCCGUCGUGCAACGGCAUGAUGCGGAACAUUCAAGGCUAUAGCGUCUCUCGCGGCUAUCAGCCCUAUCCACAUCACAAUACCAUGAAUCGUUAUCCCCAGGAUCUGUUCCAAAUGGGCGCCUCCUCAUAUCCGGGCAUGACGCAGCCAUUUUCAAUGGCCCACGGCACAAACAUGGGCUCGGUGGGCGUGCGCCAGGACUCGAUGGGCAUGUCACCGGAGGACGAGUGGUAUAACAAAAGUCUAUCCGCAUUGCGCAUGAAUAGCUCGCAUCAUCCGAACUUAUCGGCGCCGAUGCUUCAAUACCAAACAUAAUCAAAAACCUUUGACGACUUCUUUUAAAGGAACCUUUAAGUCGAUCAUCGAUUCUUGAUAUUCGACUUGAUUCCUUUAAAAGCGAGUGCGUCAAAUGGACUAGGAAUUAGACAACUUCAUAUAUAUAUAUAUAUAUAUAUAUAUAUAGUAACACUCGG